AGGAGAACGAUCGUAUGAUAUAUUUUCUCGAUUGCUAAAAGAGCGCAUUGUAUGCCUGAAUGGUCAUGUGGAGGAUGAAAUCGCAGCAGUAGUAGUAGCACAAUUAUUAUUCCUUGAAGCCGAAAAUCCAGACAAACCAAUCAGCUUAUAUAUCAAUAGUCCCGGUGGAAGUGUUACGGCUGGAAUGGCAAUUUACGAUACUAUGCAGUAUAUUCAAUCGCCUGUAUCAACACUUUGCAACGGUCAAGCAUGUUCAAUGGGUUCAUUAUUACUUGCAGCUGGUGAAGAAGGUAAACGAUAUUCACUUCCAAACUCAAGUAUAAUGAUACAUCAGCCAAUGGGAGGAGCAGCAGGACAAGCGAGUGAUAUUGCUAUUCAUGCAAAAGAAAUACUAAGAGUUAGAGAAAGAUUAAACAAGAUUUAUCAAAAACAUACAAAGAAACAUAGUUUAGAAGAUAUUGAGAAAGCUGUUGAAAGAGAUUAUUUUAUGACUGCUGAAGAGGCAUUAGAGUUUGGAUUAAUUGAUAAAGUAUUGGAAAAAAGAGAAAUAAAAUCGUCAGAUUCUGAUGAGAAUUGA